AUGGAGCAGUUGUUGCCCGCUUUCCUUGUGCUUCAAGUGCUCUGUUGCGUUGGCGGCUAUCCCAGCGGUGCUCCCACUGGUGCCUGUGAAGAUAUGCUGCCUCGCCACUCUGGGGUGCUGCCUCAACCUUCACCAGCACCCUACGCUCUCCUCACCAACACCAGGACGUUUCAGCCGGGCCAGCCCAUUACAGUGACUAUCAGUGGGCCAGUCUACAGAGGUGUGUUGCUGGAAGCCCGAACAGGCAGCGGCACUAACGCUCUGGGGAGGUGGCAACUCCCUCCUCCAGACACAAAGUUUCUUGAGUGCUCAGGGAAUCCACAAGGUGCUGUUACUCAUUCCAACACCAACCUGAAGGGCAACAGCACUGUAUACAGAUGGAUAGCACCCAACUCUACAAGCCCUGUCUACUUCAUGGCCACAGUAGCUCAGCAGCGCACGGUCUUCUGGGUCAACGUGAAGUCCACCACUCUAGCCAUGGGGAAACCUGGAGGUCUCGGCUUGGCAACUGGUGCAAGUGCUGGAAUGACUGAAGAAAAACCUCUGCUGCUCCUCAUGAUAGGAUUUCUGAUGUUACAGGUGCUGGGGUGA